AUGGCCAAUAAGGAGGAUUCUCGAAAAUCGAUCAGUUGCGAUUAUCCAAUAACGCAUCGUCGAACUGCUUCUAGUGGAAACGAUCUACAGCAACACGGCAUCCAACGGCAACGAGAUGAUUCCGAUGGAUGUGAAACGAUUUCGACGAUAGGGAGCACUCCAAGAAAUGAUAAAAGUCCAACUCAAUUAACAGGAUUUCCUGCAAUUCCCAAGUUCGGCACUGAGUUACCAGCAGUUACGGAAUGGAGGAAAACGCUGACUAGAGCGAAGUUUCGUAAAGACGAUACUGCAAGCUUGUUAUCGCUUGAUAGGGUGCCGGGCUCGUGGAAACGGCGAAGAAUUAUCGUUGCAGUUGUUGUUGUUGCAAUCAUCUUAGUGCUGAUCUUGAUCGCUGUUGGUAUCUAUUUGGGCGUAGCAAAACCGCGGAGUGUUCAUACUCAUCGCAAAGGUAUUUCUGAAUCAUUCCGAGUGACUCAUGCGAAUGUUCGUUGUUUUUAA